UCUCCGCUGAAUGACGCGCGCAGCGGCGGACGGACCGAAUCACGGUUCCGCUGAUCAGCGCUGAGCUCAGAGGUCCUCCCGUGCGCUGCUGGAGAUGAGAAGAGGACCCACAGGGCGAGACUCACAGCCCCUCAGCUAGGUGGCUGUAACAAAGUGGAGUGUGAGCAGAGAGAGUCAUUUAAUGACUUCACUCCAGCAUGACUUCCUUUUGUGAUGGAAUUCACGGACAAAGACAUCACAAUCCCUGGUACUGCCACUGGAAAGAAAUCAAAGUUGACAGGAAACUGCUGUGAGGGAGCUACCCAUGGAGCAGUGCUGUGUGAAGAGGCUGGCGGAGGAGUGAUUCCACCUCAGCCAUGUGGUCAUUCCUAAGAGGACUUCCCUCCAUCAUAUCUUCCAGUUCUCUGUGGACUCUGGUUCUCUAAGGGUAAUCAUGGCUAAAAGAGACUAUUUGGUGGAUGCAGCCAAGCAGAUCCGCAUGGCCCUGGACAGGGAGGUCAACGAGGACUACGAGGCUGCAUUCAGCUACUACAAGAACGGUGUGGACCUGCUGCUAAAUGGAGUUCAAGUGGAUCCGAACAAGGAGAGACGGGAGGCUGUGAAGCGGAAGACGACUCAGUAUCUAAAGAGAGCCGAGGAGAUUUUCAACUCUCAUCUACUGAAUAAUCUCAGCAAAGGCACCACACAGUUAGGGGGUUACAGCAGCCUGAGAUUCAGGUCAAUCAGACAUCUCAGCUCACCAGUGGAGGAUCUGGAGAUGUGUAAAGUUGUGGGGGUUAUUGAUAAGGUUCUGACUGUUCAAAACCUGAUUAGCAAGGAGACAUUUGUGAUUAAGAGCCUGCCUAAGUCCAGCUGGGAGAGUCGAGACCGUCCCACCAUCAUUUCUCAGGGGGUUCCUUUCAUGGUGAAGCUACUGAGGUAUUACAUCAGUGAGGACUCUGUGUUCCUGCAUUUAGAACAUGUGCAAGGUGGUAGACUCUUCUCCAAACUGCAUAAGAUCAGGAAUGAGGUAGCCAGAGAACAUCCAGACUGCUUCAGUCCUCACCAGCACAAGAUCCAGCUAAAGAACAGCUACACUUCCCCUGAUCUCAGCCAGCUCUACCACCUGAAUGGAGGGGAUAAUCACAGGAUACCUGCAGUUCUUGAAAUGGGGAAUUUGGAAAGUCCAGACACAGACUCACUGGCAUCUUGGAAUGAGACCCAGCAUCAGCUAGAGAGCUGUGGAACUCAUUCCUACUGUGAGGAGACAGGAUGUCUGCAGAAUUCUAGAUUUGACAAGGUUGGAUUCCAGCAAAGCAAAUCCUCAAACUGUGGUGCAAUAAGGACAGAUUUUCUUUCCUGUGUUGGUCCAGCUAAUCGCCUUGCUUCUCAGGACAGUUUGCCCCUUCCUGUUCAGCCCUGUGUAAUAGUGGACACUCGAGAUCCGCUCAAUGUCACCUCUGACCUUUUAGGAAACGAUGUUCGCAUUGAGUGGGUUGACUCCAGUGCGGAUUUUGACAAAGCUUGGAAUGCUGCUGAACUCGCUCAGGACUACAGGGGUUUAACAGCUACAGGGUCAAAUUCAGAUAUUCUAGGAAUCAACAGUGUACCUCAGAUCACUCUGAGCUCCUUAUUUGGAGGGGACACACCGCCAACCCUCUGUAGCACUGUCAAUGUCCUUCCGCAGAAAGUUCGUAUUGUCCCCAAUACCCUGCAUUUACCCCUGCAGAGCCAAAAGCAUGAGGACAUUACUCAUGGACAAACUGUAUGUAACUCACAAACUGUCAUGAACACUGAAAGCUCCCAGUUUGUGGCAAGCUUGAGCUCAGGAAAUUCUCAGCCAUGCAUAGUAUCUCCAAAGGAGCAAAAACUUCAAAGACCUGUAAGUUUCUCUGUAGACUUCAUGAAGAUGGCUCCUUGGUUGAAGAAUGUAAGUAAGGAUGGAGUGAAAGAGGUACAAAGAGAAUGUGUGGAAGUUGGAGAGGAGAGUUGGGAAAUCCUCAGUCCUCUGUGUAGAAAGGAUCCUCAGUCCAGUCCUCCUGCCACCAAUACUGACAGCUCUUCUCAUGGGCGGACUGAUCCAAAGAGACCACAUGUUGAGCAGAUCAUAGAGGCUGAUGGCCUUUGUCACCAGCCCCAGUCUGGAGCCAGGAGCUUCGGAACCAAGACCCAGCAAAGUCGGUGGGGUCUCCCUGAGGGAGAGGUGAGAAUGUGGGGUGCUCAGAUUCUGCUGGCCCUCGAGAACCUUCAUGAGCAAGGCAUUGUAUGCCAGGAUCUCAACCCCAGAAACAUCCUGCUCAGCAACAAUGGAAAGGUGUGCCUGACAUACUUUGGACAGUGGACAGAGGUUCAGCCCGAAAUUAGCCCUAAAGCUGUAGAACAAAUGUACUGUGCACCAGAAAUUGGGGGUGUAUCCAAAAUCACGGAAGCCUGUGACUGGUGGAGUCUGGGAGCUUUACUCUUUGAACUUCUUACUGGAAUGCCUCUCUGGCAGUGUCAUCCCACAGGUGUGCAUCCACAUACACAACUCCUCAUUCCAGACCACUUGAGCACGGCAGCUGCCUCCCUACUCACAGAGCUCCUUCAGUAUGACGCUGGCUGUCGACUUGGCUCUGGAGGUGGAGGAGUGAGUGAUAUUAAGUGUCAUCCCUUCUUUAACUCCAUCCCUUGGCACACACUGGACAGUUAAUAGACAAGGUGGUGGACAUGUGACCUCCAGCACCUAACACAGUACCUGCAUGCCUUCAAAACAUUAGAGACUGUUGGAUAAACUGUGUCCAGGGGUUUGCAAGAUGGCUUACCUCAUGAAUGUGUCUCUGCUGCCCCCUAGUGGUGUACAACAGAUGGAGCAUCAGUAUUCCCCUGCCAGCGCCUUUAACUGCAAACUAUUAUCAGCUGACUCCACUGAGCUUCCAGCUUAUAAGGUGCACCUUCCUUGUAUCCACAAUAAUUAGCCAUUUUAUUAGGCACACCUACGAUACGCAAGUACUUCACAUGUAUACAGUUAUUGACUGUAGCCCAUCUGUUGCUGUUUAAGAUUCUUGACAAGUAUGGAACCACCCUUGACCAGAUAUUAUUAAAGCGGUGGACCGUUCUCAGCACAGCAGUGAUACUGGAAUCUUGGUAGUACAUAUUGCUCACUUUAUUAGACAUGCCUACUCUCCUGGUCCACCUUGCUAUUAUGUGGUUAGAGCUGGGGUUUUCAAAAUGUACUGUAGCAAUUUUUCAAAAAUUUCUGAAUAAUUAGAUAUAAGCAAAUCCAUUGAGUGGUUUGAUACAAAAUGCUGCAUGUUACUUACCAAGUCAGAAUUGUUCACAGCGUUGGUGAUGGGAACCAGACAUCUGAAGAAUAAAUAUGAUGUCCGAGACACUGUUUCACGAUAGUUUUGAGGUGAAGGUUUCGGCCUAAAACAUUUUUGAAACACAUUCAUGAAAGAAUGUGCACAUGUUGGGUGUUCCAACUUAAAAUAUCUCAUAAGAAGACACUUUUCUCAGAUUUACCACUCUUUUAAAAUCCAUUACCAGCAUUAAAUCUAAAAACUGUAGGUUCAGCUUUUUUUAUAAUGAAUCAAAUGGCAAUAUUUGCAUUGUAGACAUCACUACCCCUAGUUCCACCUGUGGAAAAGAUGUCCAAGCUGCAAAGUUUAUUGAGAAUGGAGCAUUUCUAAUCAUUUAGAAUCUCAAUGACUGAAUGACAGAAAUUUUGAAAAACUACAAAAAAAAAAAAGGAAAUUAAAAUGAAUGCAAGGUGGAUUCUGACUUUGGCUCAGUGUUGUACAUUAUUCAGCAUUUUCUUAACAGGUUUAUGUGGUGAAAUUUAACCUAAUACUGCAGAGAUUGUUAAGUAACUGGUCUUCUUGUCAAAAAAAAAAACAGGCCUGAAGCUUUAUUAAUAGAAAAUAAUCAAAUUUAAAUCUCAAUUGCAUUGCUGUUAUUGGUAUAACAGUAGUUGGAUUUUUAGCACUCUCUCAACCCAGUAGUGACACUAAGAGGUUUAAGUCAGAGUUACCUUCGUACCAGCACCAGACUCUACACACUGCUGAGUACAGUCCAUCACCUAAAAAAUACAUGGUCAGUGUUAGUCCUACGGCAGUUACUUUCCAUUGAUGGAUGAAGUAGAGGUGGGCUGACCAACUGUGCAACUACAGUCAGUAACUAUAAACCUACGAAGUGCAGCUAUAUAAUAGGUGUACCAGAUAAAAUGGCAAUUCCUUGUUAACAUAUCAAAAACCAUUUGCAGUUGAGUCAGCUACAGAAUUUAAUCAGUUCUGGGUUUCUGUUGAAUUAAAUGGACCUUUCAGCCAUGUCUGUAGUCAAAUUCAGCAUCACUAAUGAAACUUACUGAAAUCCAGGCUACAUUAUUGAAAUGGUAAGCAUUAGUAGCCUGUACUGACAUCACAGGCAUUAAAAUAUUUUUGCACUUCAGGUACAAGUGAUAUGCAAUAUUGUCAGUAUUAGCACUGAUUAGCACUGCAUUCGAUCGCGUUUUCCAAGGACGAAAAAGUAAAGCCAGUAGUUUUUACGCAUGUUAAUGAUUGAUAUUUUGGACAAGCACUCAUGUUCUUUCAUUACAAAAAUGGAAUAAAAUAACUCCUGACUGGUU